AUAUGCAAUGUUUCGUUUUUUUAAAUUUUGAUUAGCACAGGUCACUAAUGAUCGAUCUCUUGCAUUUCGAUACAUUAUAACAUUUAAGAUGGCAGAGUACAGUGAAAAAUGUACCGAAGAUUGUUCAUUCGAUUAUAGCGAAGAUAAACAAAAAGGUGUAUGUUUAAUUAAAGAAGACUAUAUUAUUGGAGAUCACAAAAGACUUCUGAGUGAAGAAUGUUUAACAAAAACUGAUAAAGAAAAAGUAUCACCUAAUACAACUAAUACUGAUGAAGAUGCAUCCGUAUUGCAUGAACCACCAUUAAAAAAAUUAAAAAGCGAUGAUAAAAGAGAAAAACUUAGAGGUCAAAAUAAAGCAAGACCUCCUCCAUUUAAGGCACAACGUGAACUGAACUUAUGUCCUUGGAUAGCAGAUCAAGCUGUAGGAGAACCUGAGAAAAAAUGUGAUAAUAAACGAUGCACAUUUUUGCAUGAUAGAUUUGAAUAUCUAAAAAUAAAGCCAAGUGAUAUUAGAGAUGAAUGCUUCUUGUUUAAUGUUACUGGCAGAUGCUUAAGAGGCACUGCAUGUAGAAUGGGCUCCAAACAUUUGACAGAAGAUGGUUUGAAUAUUGUUGAUAAGGAAAAGGAAGAGGAAUUUAAGAAGAAACCACCUUCUACAAAAAAUCAUUUAACAAAACAAAUUCAAACUCAACUGAGAAAACACAAAUAUGAUUUUUCCAAAGCAGAAAAGAUUGUUAAAGCGAAUGAGCCAUCUAGAAAAAAAUUAGAAAAAGUAGAACAAAUUCAAAAACUCUCGGAAGAAAUCAAACCAGAAAUAACAAAUGAUUCUAAUUCACAUAUUUCUGCUGUUGAAUGUAAUGACAAAAUUCCUGAAACAGAUAAUACAAUACAAAAAAUAGGUCCUGUUGAAGACUAUGAUCUAAUAAAAUGUAGAAAUUCGGAAAAAAAGAAAAUAGACUGGAAAAAUAAAAUACUGUUAAGUCCUUUGACAACUGUUGGUAACUUACCUUUUAGAAGAAUUUGUAAAGAGUAUGGAGCUGAUAUAACUUGUGGAGAAAUGGCUUUAGCACCAAGAAUAUUAAAGGGAGCUCAUGAUGAAUGGGCGCUUGUAAAAAGACAUGAAUCAGAAGAUAUUUUUGGAGUUCAACUUUGUGGUAAUAAUCCAGGUGUGUUAACAAGAUGUGCACAAUUGCUAAACCAAGAAAUCGAUAUUGAUUUCAUAGACUUGAACCUGGGUUGUCCUAUUGAUUUAAUUUAUAGACAAGGAGGAGGUAGCGGAAUGCUUAAUCGAUUAAAUGUCCUAGAAACUGUAGUAAAAUCUGUUAAUUUAGUAAUGAAUAUACCUUUAACUAUAAAAACUAGGACAGGUGUUUACAUAGAUAAACCUAUUGCUCAUAAUUUAAUGCCAAAAUUCAAUGAAUGGGGAGUAUCCAUGAUUACUGUUCAUGGACGAUCUCGUGAACAAAGGUAUACGAAAUUAGCCGAUUGGGACUACAUAGAAAAAUGUGCAAAGGCAGCACAGCCUGUUUCAGUAUUCGGAAAUGGAGAUAUUUUAUCGUAUGACGAUUACAAAAGGGUACAGGACACUUAUAAAACUAUCUGUGGUGUUACUAUAGGUCGUGGUGCAUUAAUAAAACCGUGGAUAUUUACUGAAAUAAAAGAAAGAAAAUUGAUAGAUAUAUCAAGUAAUGAAAGGUUUGAAAUCUUAAAGAAAUAUGCCAAUUAUGGUCUUGAACAUUGGGGUUCAGAUACUCGUGGUGUUGAAACGACAAGAAGGUUUAUGUUGGAGUGGAUAUCUUUCUUGCAUAGGUAUGUUCCUGUAGGUAUCUUAGAAAGACCACCGCAAAGAAUUAACGAAAGACCUCCGUUUUAUCGAGGUCGGGAUGAAAUGGAGACGCUUAUGGCCAGUUCAAAUUGCGCAGACUGGAUUAAAUUAUCAGAAUUAUUGCUCGGAAAAGUGCCUGAAGGAUUUCAUUUCUUGCCAAAACAUAAGGCGAAUUCGUGGAAAUAAUGUAUAGUAAACUGUCAAGUAAACAGAAUACUUUUAUAUUAUAAUUUUUUUAAAUAAAAUAUUCGUCAGAUGGAAUAAAGAUUAGAAGAAUUAUGAA